AGGCGGCCACGGAAGUCUCUCGUCUGGCCCGUCCGGCUUUCUCCAGGAUGGACCCAAGCUGUAGGGACAAACUGGACCACUUCCAGGAACAGUUGUGGGUCAUCAUAGUUCUGCAGUUCCUUUUCGCUGUGGUUGGGAACGGCUUUACCAUCUACUACUUUGUGACCUGCCAACGCACCUGGCAUUCCGGCAUCAUCUACUCCUUCAACCUGGCUCUCUGUGACCUCUUCUAUGCCAUAUCCUUGCUGCCCUUGGCUGCUUACUAUUUCCCCCCCAAGGACUGGAAGUACAACUCCUUCUUCUGCAAAUUGGACCGCUUUGUCUUUUUCUUCAACUUGUACAGCAGCACCUUUUUCAUCACCUGCAUCAGCCUGAACCGCUACAUCGCCAUCGUCCACCCCUUCUUUGCCCACGAGCGCAUCGAGCCCUUCCAUGCCAAGCUUGUCAGCGGGGCGGUGUGGCUGCUGGCGAUGGCCAUCUCUGCCCCCGUCCUUCAUUUCUCCUCCUUGGAAAAAAAAGACAAUGCCACGCAUUGCCUAGGAAGUGCUCGUGAUUCAGAAUUGCGUGCUUACUGGCCGUACAGCUUGUUCCUCCUGACUUUUGGCUGCGGACUGCCUUUUCUCCUGACUCUUUUCUCUUGUGUGGCCAUUGUUUGUGCCAUUCGACGCAGUCACGGGACCACCAGGGAGGAAAAGUGCAAAGUGAAGAUACUGAUUUCCACCAUUGUGCUCCUCUAUGCCCUCUUCUACUUGCCUUUUCACGUCCUUCGCAAUAUGAACCUUGCUAAUCGUAUGCACAGCAGGUGCAGCCUGUCCCUCGUCAUCGUCUACCAAAUAGCCAAGAUCCUAGUUCACUUUCAUGUUUGCAUCCACCCAUUCAUCUACGCAGCCCUAGCUAAGAGCAUGCCCAAAUGUUGCUGCAGAGGUUUACAGCGGCAGAAGGAGCUACAAGCAAAAGAGAAGAAUGUGGAACUGCGUCAUUGCAACCAGCCCCCUCCUUAUGGCGACCAAGGCCAGUGAUGACAAUAUAUUUGGCUACUAGUUGGAGUUGCUAUUUACUGGGAAGCUGUCUACUGCAGUCCGAGUUGGAAACCUUUGGGCCUUCUUGAUGCUGCUGGAUUCCAGUGCCCAGAAUUCCCAGCCAGCCUGGCCAGUGGCCAGAGAUGCUGGAGAGUGUAAUUUAGCCAUAUUCAGAGGGCCUCUCAUCUUCCAGCCCUCCUGUGUUGCAGUGUGGCAAGGCUCAGCAUUGCUGCUAAAGGGGUGGCAUGUCCUUCUAUACCAGCUGUUUGAUGUAAGAGCAGAGUCUUAAAUUAGGGAGUACAAAUGCCCCCUGGCAACAUAUUAAUUCUGCCAUGUGCCUGUGACAUUGCCUUCCCCA